AUGCCUGAAACCAAGAAUGAUAGACGCUGUUAUAAGUGCGGCGACAAGGGACAUAUAUCGAGUGCGUGCACAAAUCCGCAGGUAAAAUGCUUUAAGUGUCAUGGUUUUGGACAUAAGUCAUUUGAGUGCGGACAGGAGGUCAAGAAGGAGAAGAACGAGGAUAAAAAAGGAAGUGGAGGCGGAGGAAAUGGCAAGAGCACCAAUAAUGUUCAUACGUUGUCUGACGAUAUAAUUAUUCCAUCAAGAAGAAUAUUUAAGGACAUCUCGAUUUUGGAUAGGACAAUUUCUGCUUUCGUCGAUACUGGUAGCGAUAUUUGUGCUAUUCGUUGCGAUAGCCUAUUGAUUUUAGGUGAGUUUGAUCUCAAACCGGAUGUGAGGACUUUGGUCGGAAUAGGUGGAAGGAAGAUUACUACGAUGGGUAAUUUUACUGUUAAGGUCGGUAUGGAUGAGGUUGAAAUGGAUGUAACAUUCCAUGUUUGUAAGGAGGGUGAUAUUUUGUAUUCCGUUGUGUUAGGGAAUGAUAUUUUUGAUGAGGUUGAUUUGGUUAUUAAUUCGGAUGGAGCUAAAUUUCGAUAUAAGGGGCGAUCCGCGAAAGUUGAGGAAGUGAAUGAUACUGGGAAUGACAGUUUGAUGGCUGAGCUGCAGAGCGAGUGUGGUGAUAAAUUGGACGCUCAACACUUGGUGAAGAAUAUUGAAUUGGAGAAUUUAAUUGGGACGUAUGAACCAACUAGAGCUGAAGAUUGCUCGAUGAAGAUGAUGUUAAAUGAUGAGAUUCCCGCGGCACAGAUGCCGAGAAGAAUGUCAUAUACGGAUCCAAUUUUGGUAGACGAACAAUUGGUAGAGUUGUUUAAGGAGGGCGUAAAUAAGCCGAGCUCUUCGGAAUAUGCUGCACCAAUGGUAUUAGCUGCAAAAAUAGACGGAACCAAACGACUAUGCUGCGAUUAUCGUAGACUUGAUGAGACGAAGAAGGUUCUAAAAAGAGUAAAUAUGAGUUCCGAUACAAUUACAAACGCCGAGAUUGUAACCGCUUUUAAUAAAUUAAAAGCAAAAUCAUAUUUAUCGGUUAAGGACUUGCAACCAUCAAAGUCAUAUAAAAUUUUGAAUAUGUUUCGUCAUAGAAACAAAUAUGGAAAUGUGGUGAUUGCAGAACUAGAGGAUGGAAUGCUGUAUCUCCCUAAGCGUUACAAUAGCUUGGAGGAUAAAAUAAUUGUAGGAGCUGGCGAUGAAAAAUUUAAUUUAACAAAGAAGUUGGAGAACAACUCUUAUAUAUUAGAAUUGGAAGAGGCAAUCCCAGUGGAUCCCAAUGAUAAAGAUGCUGAAGAAGACUUUUUCAUCCCUAAUUCUCAACCUUUUUUUAGUUGGGAAGCAACAAAAAUACCAAGAAUAUAUUAA